GCCACAUCACCAGUGCUGGGUGAUUUCAACUAAAUCACCUCCACAAGGAGCCUGUUGACAUCGCUGAUGUUUUACAGCAUUGUAACUUGCUGUGCUGGGCGCGUGUGUGUGUGUGUGCGUGCAUGUGCGUGUGUGUGUGUUUUUCAAAACCAAAUUCAUUUACAAGUUUGACACCUAUAAUCAAGGUUUCAACAAAGACCUGACCUUUAUGGGGUGCUACAUUCCACACCCUAAUGACAUAAAAAGCUAAGCACUGGGCAUUUACAGCCCACUCAGCCUCAGUUAGCACAGAUACUAUAAUUGAUAAUAUUUUUUCAAAUUCCCCCCCUUCCCUUUCCCUCCGCAUUCCCUCUCUUUCUCUGCUAUUUAUUUCUACCCCGAACCUCUUACUCGUCAUCUAAAGAAGUGGGCUAUGCCCACGAAAGCUCAUGAUACCAUCUACAUUUUUUGUUCAUCCCUAAGGUGCUGCAGAACUAUUUGUUGUUUUUUAAGUAUUAAACUAAGCGUAUGCUCAGACUGCAGUAGAUACUGGAGACUGGAAACAGAGGCUGUCUUUGUUAUGUAAUACUCCAGUUGGUGGUGCAAUAUGCACCUAGUUUUCCCAUUGCUGCUUCACUGCGAUAGUGGAUUGGUAGAUCAGCUCAGACCAAACAUGCUUUUCUGACUUGGAAAUGUGAGAUUUGCGCAGGGAGGGGACAUUGAAGAGGUCUCAUUUGUUCUGUAAAUACCACAGAAUGGAAAUCUGUUCAAAUCUAUUUGAACAUCAUAACUUUUGGUGCACUCUUUUUUGUUACGCUUUUUAAUAUUUGAGAUCUAGGAACACAUUGAUUAUUCACUGAGGAAUUAGCAUUUCAACAUUUUGAUGUGAAGUUGGAUUCAGAUUUUUAUUAUAAUUAAGAAAAAUUACACUGUUGAGUCUGUGUGGCUAAGGUUGUUUAGGAAAGAACAUGUGCCUUUUUAAAACAGAAUUUUCAUCAGUUUACUUGCUAAGACUUCAUAGAAACUUGUAUCAAAAUAAUAAAGCUCACUUUUAAAUUAAAAUAAAUUAUUUACUCAUGCAACUGAUAAGGUCCUUCUUUAGUGCAGAGAGGAGCCUUACAAUGUUUGUCUGUUCAAAGGAUUUGUAUAGAAUCAUUCUGGCUGCAAACACUAGCUGUAUUUUGGUUCAGCAUCUUCUUUUAACUCUCAUCUUCUGCUUGCUGUAUUCUCCCAUCUGUGAAAUUACUAAGGCCCUUGCAAAACCUAAGCAAUUUUGUUGUGUAUGUAUAUGUGUUUAGUGUGCUAUGGUUGUUCAUGUUGCUUUCAAACAUAUUGUUUGGAUUUUUCUAGUUCUGCCUAUUGAUUGUGCUGUUCUUCCCUCUUAACAGUGACUGUGUUCUUAAGCACUUUGACUCCAAAAUUCUACGUUGCACUUACAGGGACUUCAUCUCUUAUAUCUGGACUGAUAUUUAUAUUUGAAUUGUGGUACUUCCAAAAAUAUGGCACCUCUUUCAUUGAGCAGGUUUCUGUGAGCCAUUUGAGGCCACUCAUUGGGGGAGUAGAAAGUAGUCCUCCAGUACAAGGUUUUUCAGCCAACAAUGGAGAAAAUGAGACAAACAGGCAGAAUUUGUCAGAAUGCAAAGUGUGGAGAAACCCUCUUAAUCUUUUCAGAGGAGCUGAAUAUAGCAGGUACACAUGGGUGACUGGAAAGGAGCCGCUUACAUACUACGACAUGAAUUUGUCUGCUCAGGAUCAUCAGACCUUUUUCACAUGUGAUACAGACUCUCUUCGGCCUUCAGAUACAGUUAUGCAGAAGGCAUGGCGAGAGAGAAGCCCUCAAGCCCGAAUCAAAGCAGCAUAUCAAGCUUUAGAAUUAAAUAAUGAUUGUGCCACUGCAUAUGUUCUCCUCGCUGAGGAAGAAGCAACAACUAUUACAGAUGCAGAGAAAUAUUUUAAGCAGGCACUAAAAGCAGGAGAAACAGUUUACAAAAAAUCACAGCAUUGCCAUCCUCAAAGUGCCCAGAAUGAAGCGCAGCUCAGAAGAGACACCAAUGUACUGGUUUACGUGAAAAGGAGACUAGCCAUGUGCGCAAGGAAACUUGGAAGAAUAAGAGAAGCAGUAAAAAUGAUGAGGGAUUUAAUGAAAGAGUUUCCACUUCUUAGUAUGUUGAAUAUUCAUGAAAACCUUCUGGAGGCACUGCUGGAAUUGCAGGCGUAUGCUGAUGUCCAGGCAGUUUUAGCGAAGUAUGAUGAUAUAAGUCUUCCAAAAUCAGCAGCAAUAUGUUACACAGCAGCACUGUUGAAGGCAAGAGCUGUUUCAGAUAGGUUCUCUCCAGAAACAGCCUCCAGAAGAGGGCUCAGCACAGCAGAAAUUAAUGCUGUGGAAGCAAUUCACAGAGCAGUGGAAUUUAACCCUCAUGUCCCAAAGUACUUACUAGAAAUGAAAAGCUUAAUUCUGCCUCCAGAGCACAUUCUGAAGAGAGGCGACAGUGAGGCAGUAGCAUAUGCUUUCUUCCAUCUUCAGCACUGGAAACGGAUAGAAGGAGCCCUUAACCUGUUGCACUGUACAUGGGAAGGCACAUUUAGAAUGAUCCCAUAUCCAUUAGAGAAAGGCCAUCUUUUCUAUCCCUAUCCCAGCUGCACAGAGACAGCAGACAGAGAACUUCUGCCAACGUUUCACGAUGUCUCCGUUUACCCACAGAAGGAGCUUCCCUUUUUCAUCCAUUUCACCGCAGGGCUGUGUUCCUUUUCGGCAAUGCUUGCUGUUCUCACGCACCAAUUCCCUGAACUCAUGGUCAUUUUUGCUAAAGCAUUCUUUGGGAUGCUGCUUUCACCCUUCAGUUUCAUUAUGGAAAAGAUUAAGCGCUUCAUGCCAUCCAGUCUCUGGCAUCAGCUGACCCAAAUUUGACAGGAACGUGUUUCGCACAAUAAUAAGUUCUCAGGAACAUUACCACCAGCUCCUGUUGGGCCAUGGAGCACUGAUCUGGCAGCUAGAGGAACAAAAGGAAGAGCAGCUGCCUUACUUAAACUUGUCUUCCAUCUUGUUAAUGGUGCUUAAAGUAACCAAAUCCCUUGUUUGGCCUUCGGAUCUGUAAUUAUUUAAGAAAAUGUUUUUGUUGAACGAUAACUUGUUUGCUUCCUGAACCAGUUGUACAUGUUGAAGCUACUACGUUCUCUGUGUUAAACUACAGAAUACAAUAAAUCAGGCAGAUAUUUUCA